UUCUCCUUGGAUAAGAGAAGUAUCAGAAGCCUUUCACUUCCACUGAUCCAUCCUUCUAAUAUUCCCAUAACCAUCUCACAAACUCACUCCUCAUCUCCAAGCCCCUCCGACCAAUGGCGGCGACAAUGGCAACAUCAGCCACAUGCAUGUCCCUAAACCCAUCUCCUCCUAAGUCCCCAAACCAAAGCAAAUCCAUCUCCUCAUCAAAACCCUUCAUCACCCUCCCAACCCCACCAAAACCCACCGUCUCUCUCGCCGUCACAAGCACCUCCCUCGCCGGCGCCGUCUUCUCCACCCUCAGCUGCUCCGAACCCGCUUUCGCCGCCCACCAGAUCGCCGAGCUCGCGGCGGCAGCGGCAGCAGGAGGUAACGACAACCGUGGACUAGCUCUACUCCUCCCGAUCGUCCCGGCGAUCGGAUGGGUGCUCUUCAACAUUCUCCAGCCGGCUCUCAACCAGAUCAACAAGAUGCGCGAGAGCAAAGGAGUCGUCGUGGGUCUUGGCAUCGGCGGUGGUCUCGCUGCGUCAGGGCUUUUGACUAUGCCGCCGGAGGCCUCGGCUAGUGUGGUUAACGAGAUGGCGGCGGUGGCGGAAGCGGCGGCGAAAGGGGGAGACAACAGGGGACAGUUGCUGUUGUUCGUGGUUGCACCGGCUCUGCUUUGGGUUCUUUACAAUAUAUUGCAGCCUGCUUUGAACCAACUCAAUAAAAUGAGCUAAUCGACCCUAGAAUGAAUUACUUGCAAGUCGGAAUUCAUGUGUUGGUCAUAACUUUUUUUGGGAAACAGAAUAAGAAUGUGGUACUCCUGCUAUUAACAACUUGCAAUACAAGAAAUCAUAGUGUGUUCGUAUUUUUGGAUCGUAUUGCGCGUCUUGCAAAGUGACACCAUAAAGACUACAAUCGCAUUUGUUUGCAUUUGUAGAACGAAGUAACUUAACAAAUAUUCAAGGUUGGAUCAUGUUUCAUAUCAAACCUUAAUUAAACCUAUUGUUUUUCCAUAA